UGUUUGAACGUUCCAUUCAAUUCAAUCCUCACCUACCACGGUCAACCCACAUCUACAAAAAUUGCCAGUGCAUAACUCUCCAUCUGUUCUUCUUGGUUUGGUAGAUUUCAGUGCUCGUGAAGCGAAAAAUACCAGAGAGAGAAAAGAAAGCCCGGAAAUGGGUUCUGCAACAACGUCGCAGAUUGUGGAGAAACUGAAGCUCACGCCCCACCCGGAAGGUGGGUUUUACUCCGAGACCUUCAGGGACACUUCUGUUCUCCUCUCCAGAUCUCAGCUUCCACCUCAAUACAAGGUUGAUCGACCCGUGAGCACAUCCAUCUACUUUAUGCUGCCGGCAGGGAGUGUCUCGCACCUCCACCGAAUACCUUCUGCCGAGACCUGGCAUUUUUAUCUGGGAGAACCUCUCACGGUAUUGGAGUUGAAUGACAAAGAUGGAAGUGUCAAAUUAACCUGCAUUGGAUCCGACCUGGUUGGAGACAAUCAGCAACCACAGUACACAGUGCCUCCAAAUGUGUGGUUCGGUUCUUUUCCGACGAAAGACUAUACCAUCUCUCCAGAUGGUUCUGUGCUCAAAACUGCCCCGAGGGAUGCGGAGAAACACUACUCUCUGGUGGGUUGUACUUGUGCGCCGGCCUUUCAGUUCCAGGACUUUGAGUUAGCUAAGCGGUCCGAGUUUCUUUCUCGGUUUCCCAAUCUGGAGCCUAUCCUCUCUAUUCUCAUCCUGCCUGUUUGAGGAUUCAGUUCCCAUGCUGUAGCUUGUUUAUGUGUUGGGUACAUCUCUGAUGUAUGCUUGGUGCUGUUGAAUCCUUAAUUGAGCAUAAAAUAAAUGGCAACAAUAACAAUACUUAUGUUACAUAAUGAGGAGAUGAUGUGUUUUCAUA